AUGGAAAUCAAUAGUAGCAUUCUAGACCAUCUCGCGGCGCGAGUCGCAACUAGCAAGACGCCUAUUCCGCUUCUGGUUGAACUCUUCUGGAUUCCUGCUUUUCUCGCCAUUGCCGUCUUCCUGCAGAUCCCCCAGCCCGGCCCUGCACGAGUUGCAUUAGGACUGGGGGUCUUCACCACAAUCUGGUCAUAUGCUCUGACGCACUGGGUCGCUCAACCUUCGUUUCUCUUUAGUCCCAUGUUUGGCUUUGCGGUGACCGUCAGGUGGGUUUACAUGGUUGUCCUAGACACGGCAGAGAUCAGCUUCUUUCCUCGGACAGACGACAAAGAGUCGCCUCUUAAAUUUGGCUUGUGGAAGAAGCUCAAGUGGAGUGCAGACUUGUGGUUCUCCUGGCGUGGCGUGGGAUGGAACUGGGAAGUGUCCAAUAUCCCCCGGCCAGCGAGCCAGAUUGCCUCUCGCGGCCGAUGGCUUGCCAUCCAGACCGGAGCCGCCGUCGCAAAUUUUGCUGCGCAGAAAGUAGUCAUUGACUAUGUGUUCUGCCGCUACUAUCCCUCCAGUAACACUGUUGAGGCCUUUACCGCCCUCUCAUUGAUACAGCGCCUAUGGAUCUGCAUCAUCCAAAUGGGAUUGGGUUGGUUAUUUCUGGCCAACGCCAACCGCAUUAUCGCCAUCAUCGCCGUGGCAGCUUGUCUCUCGCCGCCUGAAAACUGUCCUCCAAGCUUUGGUAGCUUGGCUGAAUGUUACACAGUCAGGAACUUCUGGGGCAAAGCUUGGCAUCAGACCUUCAAAUGGUAUUUUAACACCACUGGUGAUAUUGUCGCCAACAGCAUUGGUGCAAAGAAAGGCACCUGGCUCAGGAAGUACACUAAACUCCAUGUUGCGUUCCUCGCGUCUGGCAUCCAGCAUUACGUGGCUACUUUGUUUGUCCCCUCUCCCGCCUGGUCAUGGGCCAUGCCGGGGCAGAUGGUUGUGUACGCAAUGAUAAUCACAGUUGAAGAUGGACUCAAAUCUCUAGGUCAGAAAGUGGGGUUGAAACCGAGUUUUCUAACAUACGCGGCUGGUUAUCUCUGGUGUGCCUUUUGGGUCUCCUUUGUGUAUCAAUAUGUGCUCAUCUAUUAUGUUGAUGUUGGCUUCUUCAACGGCAGCUGCCCAGCCUAG